GUACAGUGUACCGGUACCGGCGGCUCAGUGCACUACCAGUAGCCAGCUAGCCUGCAUGAAAAUAGUCAACGACGGGGAGGAAAUUCCUUGAAAAAAGAUUUAACCUUAUCCCUUUCAAACGACGGACCCGCGUGGCUUCUGGUGAAAAGAAGUCAAACACCACACACAAAACAACCAUGGCGACAAACGCUUCUUCGAAUGCAGCCGCAGCUCCUAACAAUUCCGGGGGCGGAGGCAAGAAAGCCGUACAUGUGAAGUGGGCUGGGAAGACCAUUGCCUUGGGCACAUUCCCCGCAGCCGAAGCUGACGAGAAAUGCGCUCGUGCCAAAGCUCUUACUAGAGCUUGGCGAUCUACCAUGCGCCCAAAACCAACCCGUGAUUGGGUCAUGUUAGAACUCGAACGCCUGGGUGUUCGUGUUGUGUCUGGACGAUUGGGGAGAAAGGCGGGAGAAGAAGACGAUGCUGAAAAGAAGGCAGCAGAGAUGGCCCGUGGUGGCCCCCCGAUUGACCGAAGUAACAGUAUUGGUUGGCCUUCAUCCGACGCAGAUUUCAACAGCCUAAUGCAGCAACGUCGAUCUUCUUCGAUAGGCCUCUCCAUGAUUGGAGAUGACUUGGAACGUCGUCGAUCUCUCGGUUCUCUGGGUCAGGUCGUUCUAGAUGGAGGAGACCCCGGAAUGCCUCCACACCGCCCACUCGUGGGCGGAGGCGCCGCUGCAGCCUACGAAGCAGCACGUGCAGACCAUUACGCUCAAAAGAAUGCCGAACAACAGCGACGCGCGUCAAGCCUUGGGCUUGGAAUCGGCGGAGGCAACCUAGGAGGAGGAAUGCCUCAAAUGGGAUUCUCGGUGAACCCCAACCAGCACUAUGAGAUGCUUAAGUUGCAUCACAUGAAUCUUUUGAAUGAGAUCCAGGAAACAACCUUGAUGAUGAACCUCUACCAGCAGCAGCAGCUCCAACAGCAACAGCAACAACUCCAACAGCAGGCAAGUGCGGAACAAAUGGGAGGAGGGGAUCCGCAAAUGGCGUUAUUGCUCCAGCAGCAGCAGAGUGCUGCCGCUGGCGCACCUGGCAUGGACCCCAUGUUUGGCCAGCAACGUGGUUCUCUAGGGCUGGGGGCUACAGGAAGCCAGAACCAGCAGAUGGAACAACUUCUUCGCCAGCAGCAAAUCAUGCAGCAGGGUGCUGGCGGCGGUGCUGUCGCAGCAGCGGCUGCUUCUUCGUCUGCGCCCGCGUCUCAGGUCGAUAUUCUGAAGGGACAGCAAGAGCAGGCCGCGCUUGAAGAUCGACUUCAGAAAUUGAAAGAGGACAUCGCGCGCCGUCAGAGGGAAGCAGAUGGCCUCGAGGCAAAGGCGAAAGCUCAAGGUACUGAUGCCAACGGAGGCGGAGGAGACGAGAAGAGGAAGGCAGAGGACGAGGGUGAUGCUCCUUCCAGCAAGAAAGUCAAGACGGAGCCGCCCGGCGAUGACGAGGAGAAAGCUGAGGGCGGAAAGGACGCCAGUUGAGAAGCGCAUGCGAAUUUAUCAAAUUGGAAAUGAAACUGAGCAGAUUCAAUAACCAAGCGCGAGGAGAAAGGAUUUGCGCACUGCGUUCGAGAAGUCUGAAUGCAACUUUACUACAAGUAGUUGUAAUCCUAGUGUAAAUGCAACUGCAAACCG